AUGCUGUUGUGGAAUGAGGAGACAGACCAGGAGGAGACAGACCAGGAGGAGACAGACCAGGAGGAGACAGACCAGGAGGAGACAGGCCAGGAGGAGACAGACCAGGAGGAGACAGACCAGGAGGAGACAGGCCAGGAGGAGACAGACCAGGAGGAGACAGACCAGGAGGAGACAGACCAGGAGGAGACAGACCAGGAGGAGACAGACCAGGAGGAGACAGACCAGGAGGAGACAGGCCAGGAGGAGACAGACCAGGAGGAGACAGACCAGGAGGAGACAGACCAGGAGGAGACAGACCAGGAGGAGACAGACCAGGAGGAGACAGACCAGGAGGAGACAGACCAGGAGGAGACAGACCAGGAGGAGACAGACCAGGAGGAGACAGACCAGGAGGAGACAGGCCAGGAGGAGACAGGCCAGGAGGAGACAGACCAGGAGGAGACAGACCAGGAGGAGACAGACCAGGAGGAGACAGACCAGGAGGAGACAGACCAGGAGGAGACAGGCCAGGAGGAGACAGACCAGGAGGAGACAGACCAGGAGGAGGUAGGCCAGGAGGAGACAGACCAGGAGGAGACAGACCAGGAGGAGACAGACCAGGAGGAGACAGACCAGGAGGAGACAGACCAGGAGGAGACAGACCAGGAGGAGACAGGCCAGGAGGAGACAGACCAGGAGGAGACAGACCAGGAGGAGACAGACCAGGAGGAGACAGGCCAGGAGGAGACAGACCAGGAGGAGACAGACCAGGAGGAGACAGACCAGGAGGAGACAGACCAGGAGGAGACAGGCCAGGAGGAGACAGACCAGGAGGAGACAGACCAGGAGGAGAUCGGCCAUGAGGAGAUGUUUACUUUUAGCCAAGACAUAUGA